AUGGAUUCCAAUCAAUUUAAAAUGUUUCUGGAUCACCAGGUUAACAUGUUUAACCAAUUGAUGCAGUCAGUAAAUGCAACGGCAACAUCUGUUGCAACAGCAACUACAGCAUCGUUACAAGCGCAGCUUCGUCAAGUGGAGCAGCGCUCAUGCGCAUCAAGCGUCCCUGUUCCACAGCCGUCGCCACUGGCACUGGAUGGCGACAUGGAGGAGAAUUUUGAUUUCUUCGUCAAGAGCUGGAAAGACUACGUCAAGGCGACAGGUAUGGAGGAUUGGCCACCCGCGGACAACGCUAAGAAAGUCAGCUUUCUGCUGGCUAUUAUUGGUGAGCCUGCUAGGAAAAAGUAUCGCAACUUCGAACUCACUCCUGCGGAAGCUGCUGACACGCAAUCGGCUCUACGAGCGAUAAAGGCCAAAGUUGUAGCAAAACGUAAUAUAAUUAUCGACAGAUUGGAUUUUUUUUCGGCGGUUCAAGCACCCCGAGAGAAUGUUGAUGACUUUUGUUCUCGUCUAAAGGGUUUGGCAAAAGUUGCUAGACUCGGAAACCUUGAGUCGGAACUAAUGGCGUACAAGUUGGUCACUGCCAACAGGUGGCAGCAUUUGCGAACGAAGAUGCUAACAAUAUCCGAUAUAACCUUGGAUAAAGCAGUAGACCUAUGUCGUGCAGAAGAGAUAACAGAGAAAAGAUCACACGAGUUGACGUAUGUCACCCCGGAGGCAGAGGUCAACAAAAUUGCAAAAGGAAAAGCUCGUUCGAAGCAGGUCAAUUCACCAAGAUGCAAAUUCUGUGGAGAUGCCCAUGAAUUUUCGAAAGGGACGUGUCCUGCCUUGGGAAAACGUUGUUACAAAUGUAACGGGAAGAACCAUUUCGAAAAGGUGUGUCGUGCAGCAGCAAAGCAGAAGAACCGACGGUCCCGGAGCAUCCGAGAAGUAAAGGAGGAAUGCAGCUCGGAAGACGAAGCCUCCGAAAAUGGAGAGUCAUCAGAAGAAAGUGAACAGGAAUACCACAUAAGCAGAAUAUUCGACAAUUCAGUCGACGGUGGUGGCGUUGUUGCAGAGUUGGACAUCAAGUUUGCGAGAUCGUGGAAAUCAGUUCUUUGUGACCUUGAUACAGGAGCCAAUGUCAGUUUGAUUGGCCUCGACCAUCUAAAAAAACUCACAGAAGACCGCAACCCAUCCUUGCAACCAUCGACUCUGCGAUUGCAAAGCUUCGGUGGCAACCCGAUUAAAGUUCUAGGAGAAGUGAAAGUGAAGUGUCGUCGGUUGAACCGCAAAUACAAGUUAAUUUUGCAAGUCGUCGAUGUCGAACACCGUCCGUUGCUUUCAGCAAGGGCGUCACGUGAAUUGGGUUUUGUCAAGUUUUGCGAAGCAGUAAAAUUUAACGCAUCAGAACCUAAGCCGUCAAUCGACAAGCUGAUGAGAGUAUACCGAGUACAAGCGCAACAGAUCAUCGACGAGUAUAAGGACCUUUUCGAAGGCUAUGGGAAGUUUCCGGGUAAGGUAACACUAGAGCUCGACGAAAACAUAAAACCGACAAUCCAGUCACCUCGAAGAGUUCCAAUAGCCCUGCGUCAAGAUCUUAAGAAAGAGCUAGAAUCCCUGGAGCAAAGCGGCAUUAUCGUGAAGGAAAGUAACCACACUAACUGGGUAAGUAACCUGGUUUUGGUACAGCGACCGAAGGCUGGUUUACGCAUAUGUCUGGAUCCGGUGAUGUUGAAUAAGGCCUUGCGGCGGCCUAAUCUGCAGUCAACAACUUUAGAUGAAAUUCUCCCUGAACUCGGAAAGGCUCGGGUAUUCACGACGAUAGAUACGAAAAAGGGCUUUUGGCACGUGGUGUUAGAUGAAGAGAGCAGUAAACUAACUACUUUCUGGACACCAUUCGGUAGAUAUCGAUGGACUCGUCUCCCUUUCGGAAUAGCAUCGGCUCCUGAAAUUUUUCAAUUGAAGUUGCAGCAAGUGAUUCAGGACUUAGAAGGUGUUGAAUGCAUUGCAGAUGACCUGCUCAUCUUUGGAAUAGGCGAUACUUUGGAAGCAGCGUUAAAGAAUCACAAUCAUAAUUUGCAGCUACUCUUUCGUCGGUUGAAAGAAAACAACGUCAAGCUAAAUCGAUCGAAAUUAAACGUCUGUCAGACGUCGGUAAAAUUUUAUGGCCAUGUUUUGACCACCCAGGGACUUCGACCGGACGAGACGAAACGGUUGGCCAUCAAGAACUACCCAACUCCAAGCGACAGGAAGGAGGUUCAUAGAUUCAUCGGGAUGGUUAACUACCUCAGCAAGUUCAUACGGAAUCUCAGCAUCAACCUCACUAAUCUUCGUAAGCUGAUUUUAGAAACGGUUCCAUGGCAGUGGACUCCAGUGGAACAGGAAGAGUUUGAACUAGUGAAGUCCCUUGUUUCCAACAUCAACACACUGCAGUAUUAUGACGUCACGAAGCCAUUAACAGUCGAAUGCGAUGCCAGUUGUUUCGGUUUGGGUGUAGCUGUCUACCAAAAUGGUGGCAUCAUCGGUUAUGCAUCUAGAACAUUGACGGCCACUGAGAAAAACUAUGCCCAAAUUGAGAAAGAGCUUCUCGCAAUUGUUUUUGCUUGCACAAGGUUCGAUCAGUUAAUUGUGGGGAACCCCAGAACCGUCAUCAAAACCGAUCACAAGCCACUGCUCAACGUGUUCAACAAACCACUCUUGUCAGCACCAAAACGCCUUCAACAUAUGCUGCUGAAACUUCAACGGUAUAACUUGCAUCUGGAAUUUGUCACGGGCAAAAACAACGUAGUUGCUGACGCGCUAUCUCGGGCUCCACUCCAGAACGAAGAUUGUGACUCGUACGAAAAAAUGAAUGUCUACGAAGUUCUACAGGAAAUGUCCCAAGUAAAGCUCAGCAGUUUUCUCAACGUCUCGGAUGCUAGACUCGCAGAACUUGCUGAAUAUACGAACGGGGAUUCCUCUCUACAAGCUAUCACCCACUACAUCCAACACGGGUGGCCUAGUACAGUUGAUCAAGUACCUGACGGAGCAAAAAUAUAUUUUGCUUAUCGGCAUGAGUUGGCCACUCAAGACGGACUGAUAUUUCGUGGUGACCGUAUUCUUGUUCCUCACGCCUUGAGACGUAAACUUGUGGACAGUUGCCAUGCAAGCCAUAACGGCAUAGAAGCUACUUUGAAACUGGCUCGAUCAAAUCUUUUCUGGCCGGGAAUGAGCUCCCAAGUAAAAGACGUCGUGAAACAGUGCUCUGUGUGUGCCAAGUUCGCUCCGUGUCAAGCAAAUCCACCGAUGAGAUCUCACAAAAUUCCGGUGUACCCAUUCCAAAUGGUUUCAUUGGACGUGUUUUUCGCUGAAUAUAGAGGAUCAAAACGAAAGUUCUUGGUAACGGUGGAUCAUUACUCGGAUUUUUUUGACGAUGCAACACCAUCGAAAUUUGCUUCACCCGUUCUACCACCCUCUUCGGUGACAUCAAACGGUGUCAAAAACAAUCAUCAAAAUGACGUUCAACCAGUUCAGCAGUCAUCAUCAUCAUCAAACGAUUCAAGCGUAACAUUUGAAGAAGUCCCAAAUGAAAAUGCACCAACAACGAUGAGCUCAACUGAAUCGGCCGGAGUCGUCUCACCAUCAACAAGAAGCACACCCGAUACAAGCUGCGAACGCCCUAGACGACAAACUCGUUUGCCAUCACGAUUCCGGGAUUAUCAACUUUAA